ACGAGGCCUCUAAAGGGUAUCCUUUUGAUGUGCAUUUAUGAUUUAAAAAUGCAAGCUGUAACAAACCUGCAGCAGACUUGUAGAAAUGCUGUUCCAACAACUUGUCAACAGGAUGUGUUCGUACUGCUUGUUCCCAGCUUGUUCACAAGUUGUCAACGGCUUGUUGGCAACAUGCUACAAGGUUGCUGAGAUCAACAGACUUGUCAGAAGUUGUUCCAACAACUUGUUAUCGUCCUGCAAUUCAACAAUUUGUCAACAAGUUGCGAGUGACAGCCUUGUAGCAACUUGACUAAAUAACAGUGUUGUUGCGAACACAUCUUGUUGACAAGUUGUGAGAUUUUUACCUGUGUAUAUGUUUACAUAAUAAUUCCUGACAUUAAUGUAACCCUUUAAGUGGCAAUGUGCCCUACUUUAUUCUCUUACUCUGUCUAACACCAGACGAUUUUACUCAUCAGGGGGAGAGUGCUGCCACUCAACGGGUUAGAUAAAUAUUUAAGUGGGAUUGUUAUAUUUUCUUAUUUGACCCCCCCCCCAAAAAAAAAAAAUGUACCAGGUUCAACCUUAACUAGCAAUUAGACCUAAAGCAUCUUAUGGAUAUGGUGGGCAGUUUGGUGUUGAAAAGGACCGCAUGGACAAGGUGUGUUAUGUGCUAUUAUUAUACUUAUAUUAAAAAAGUAUCAAGAUUUUGUUGGCGUCUCACUCGAUUGAUAAUAGUUGAAGAGUACUAUAUUUAAAACUUGAGCAGCAGUGUUUUAUCGGAUAUAAAGGUCUUUAGGUCUGAUAAAAACACGCACUGUGAAUGUUUUAAAAACGAUCGAUCUAGUAAGUUCAUUGGCGAAGAAAUUUUCAAAAAAUAUGUUGUGUAAGUCGAGAAAAUCAAAGUUAAAGUUUAUGUAAAUCAAGGGAAUUCUCUAUCAGAUACGACACGCUUAUGAUUUUUCUUUGUGUUUUCCUCGUGAAUUAUUGAGUUUUUGAAAUGGUACAUAAAAUUACACGCAAUAAGUUACAUCUACAAAAGUGUCUCUCUGUAGCUCAGUUGGUUAGAGCUUGACAACUGUCUCUCUGUAGCUCAGUUGGUUAGAGCUUGACAAAUGUCUCUCUGUAGCUCAGUUGGUUAGAGCUGGACAACCGUCUCUCUGUAGCUCAGUUGGUUAGAGCUGGACAACUGUCUCUCUGUAGCUCAGUUGGUUAGAGCUCGACAACUGUCUCUCUGUAGCUCAGUUGGUUAGAGCUCGACAACUGUCUCUCUGUAGCUCAGUUGGUUAGAGCUCGACAACUGUCUCUCUGUAAGUCAGUUGGUUAGAGCUCGACAACUGUCUCUCUGUAGCUCAGUUGAUUAGAGCUCGACAACUGUCUCUCUGUAGCUCAGUUGAUUAGAGCUCGACAACUGUCUCUCUGUAGCUCAGUUGGUUAGAACUCGACAACUGUCUCUCUGUAGCUCAGUUGGUUAGAGCUCGACAACUGUCUCUCUGUAGCUCAGUUGGUUAGAGCUUGACAACUGUCUCUCUGUAGCUCAGUUGGUUAGAGCUGGACAACCGUCUCUCUGUAGCUCAGUUGGUUAGAGCUGGACAACUGUCUCUCUGUAGCUCAGUUGGUUAGAGCUCAACAACUGUCUCUCUGUAGCUCAGUUGGUUAGGGCUCGACAACUGUCUCUCUGUAGCUCAGUUGGUUAGAGCGCUGCACCGGAAUCUACAAGACUCUUCAACUAUUAAAAAAUUACGAGAGAUACAGAUAUUAAUUUCUUCAAUCUCUCUUGCGUGUUCACAGUCUGCAGUAGGACAUGAUCAUGUCGAAGAUCUGUCGUCGCACGGUUCUCAAGUGGAUGCUAAAAAAGGAUUUGGAGGCAAAUUUGGGGUACAGAAAGAUCGUGUUGAUAAGGUAGGUCGUAGCAUACUGAUGGAUAGGUACAGUACCAUCUCACAGGCCUUAAAAUAUCGUUGAGAGAACCGUCUGACAAAAUGUUCGAUGACUCUGAGUUUGAGUCGGACAUAAGUAUUGUGAUAUCCGAUGACUUUGAGUUCAGUUUGGCUUGGAAAUAAGUAUGAAUGCAGACACGAAUUAAUAUCAGCACAAUUUGGAAAAGUCAUUUGAAUCUUGGCAUUGAGUUUACAAACCCCACGGUGAAAACCCCGCAAUAGAUUACACAUUUCUAGUUCACUUUUUAUACAUUACUCUGAUUCUCUAUUUAACAUACGAGCCUCUAGUCCUGGACUAGGGUACAUUUUGAUUGACGUUGGACAAAGUUACAGUUAGGUCGGAUACCAAUUCACUAGGAUCGGACAAACAAUAAACCUCAGUUUCACUCAGGUCGAACAGAAUGUCCAGUGGUUUCCUCUCUACGUCGGACAAUUUCACGAAUGGUUCGGACAAUGUCCGUGACCGACCGAUAUUUUAAGGCUUGUAUCUCGGAUCCUCAUUUAAAAGGGGCAAUACUGUAAUAUGCUCUAUGUUAUGGGUAUAUUAACUGAUUGUAUAUUGACCUGGAUUUUACCCUCGACAGUCUGCUGUAGGUUUCGAAUAUGAAGGAAAAACGGAAAAACAUGCUUCUCAAAAAGGUAUGCUCAACUAACACUUGCAUGGUUGGUACAAAACUUGAAUUUGAAAACAAAAACUCAAGGCUUUGAAUGUCCUUGAAUUUGUAAAGAAGUACUUGAAAGUCCUUAUUUUUUUCUUGCUUUAGUUUUUGGAUAUUUUCUGAAAUUGUUUGACAUUCAAAAGAGAGAUUUUGUUGAAUUGAUUUUGCAUGAUCAUAUCUCUGACGAGGCUGUUUGAAACUCAUUAUAUAUAAAGUUGAACGAUUCAACGUCAGAUUUUACUGAUUUCUGACUCCUUUUCUUCAGUAUUUUCUUCAGAAUUUGCUGAUAUAUAUAUACAUGAACUUACGGUUACAGUUCAACAGCUGGCCUCUGUAGCUCAGUUGGUUAGAGCGCUGCACCGGAAUCGCAGGGCCGUAGGUUCAAUUCCUACCAGAGGACCUUGUGCUGCAUUUUUCGCAGUCGUUCCUGGUCAGGUCUUAAAAUGUAUAUAUUCUCACUUGGAUUACAAACCCUAAGAACAGCAUUCAAAUAUUAAUACCACCAAGUGAAGUGCAAGAAACCAGAUCCUUGAAUUUGACUCUCCCUCACAUGACACAUGUACGGAUUAGAUACUAUUAUACCAUCACGAAUGCAAAAUAGUACCAUCACAACCAAGUUUUCAACCAAGCUUGAAAGCCUGGAACUAUUACUAUCUGCGUAGUACUUACAUUCCGUUCGUAUACCAUAUGAUCUUGCCAAGUAUUUCAGAAUCGUAAUUAAGGUAAUUCCGCAGUAAUUGUUCCCGAAAUGAGAAUGUGCUGAAACCCAGGCAUGGAGUUUAUGAUAUAUUUAAAGUAAAAUCACACAAAAAAGGUCGGGGUCACCGAACUCGUUAAGAAGAUAUGACAAUCACAAUAUACCACCUUUACCCCAAUAUGGCGACAUCUUGACGCCCAUUUAUACGAGUAACAGCAAAAUCACAACAGCCCAAUAUUUAUUGACGUUUUUAGCGCGGAUUUUGCUUUAGUAAACCUAUCUUGUAAUUAUUUCUGAAAAAAUAUUGUGUUUUGAGCAAAAUGAAACUACUAACGUGUACAAUUCUGAUCCACAAAUGUCUUUUCCGCAUUUCUUUACAUAUCUUUCUUUGAGAACAUGCAUUGAUAAAGCAUUUUUUUUCAAGAUCCAGAAAUGAUUUUUCUUUUAAUUUUGGAUAUGAAAUGUAAAAUGCAUUAAAGAAAUAAAUUAUCAGUUAAAAAACGGGGGUCACCGAUCUUUUUAGGGAAUUGUGGCAUUAAAACGUGAAAUACAAGUAAAGAAAUACAUUGAUUUUAACGUAAUUCUGUGCACGAAUGUAACCAAAGAUGUUUUGAAGUAACAUAAAAUUGUCAUAAAAUUGUAUUUUUUUUAAACAGUAUGUAUAAUGGAUGAAAUUAUAUAAGUUAUAAGAUGUGCGCAGUAAAAGUGCGCAAUGCAAAACUGCGGAAUUACCUUAAGUCGGUAUUUGGAUACAUCUUGGCAUGAAAAAUUAUUGGACUGAUGGGGCCUGAGGAAUGAGUCGAUUCUGGUGUUCGCGUGUCCAGUUGUCGUCCUUCUUGUUCUAACUCGUGAUUACUGAAUGAAUACCUUCCAGAAACCUGUACUUUUUAUGUACAUCGUUUUAAAGGACUAACAUUUCAUAAUUUCCUUCGUUGCCAGAUUAUUCCCAAGGCUUUGGUGGCAAAUAUGGUGUUCAAAAAGAUAGGGUGGACAAGGUACGCUCAUUCACAACACAGAUUUGUUUUUUGUUGUGAUGGUCAGUUGUCUUCUCAUAGUUCGUGUGUCUAGCUCAUUUUGCGUCAACGUUCUUCUUAUUAAGGUUACAGGACACCCUUUUGGCGUUUUGCGGAAAAUCGCUACUGCGCGCUCAAUAUCAGUCCGAUUUGAAUCAAAUUUUCACCAAAUGUUCGCCAGUGUAUGCAAAAUAUGGUAAAGUUGUAAAAUUAACAAACAAUAAAAUAAUAUAAGAAUUAUUCAGGAAAAUUUUAAAUCGCGGUACCGUUACGCUUUUGAGUUGUGCUCCUGCUGGUUUUAAGUUAUAUUUAUGAAAAUAUCAUUUUUAUACAGUACAAUAGUUGUUGUAAAAAAUUGUGUUCGGAAAUUUUUGUUUAUUUCGUCAUUCCGCUGAUAUGGCGAUUUCUUUGACGACUGCAAUAUAUUUCUGAAUUGUUUGAGUAAAUUGCUCUUUAUUAUUAAAAUAUCCACAAUUAAAAAAAAAGCCGAACACAAUUUUGAAACUGACGUCUUUAGCUAUGUCCUGUGAAAAUUUGAGAACAAUUGGUCAAAACCCGCAGGAGCACAACUCAUUUGAAAAUCAGUAAUUACCGUAAACGUUUUCGGGAGAAAAUUGAAUUUGAAUAUUACAUUUUCAAUGUUUUUCUUAUUGCAGCGAAAUGUAUUUUAUUAAAUAACUCUGCGAGUUUUCAACAUUUUUCGUUCAAACUUGGUCAGAUAGUAGAACUAGUCUAAUGCUUUCAUGGAAACCAAUAAAAAAAAUUUAGGCAAAAUUAACACUCAAAGGUGUUCUGUAACCUUAAAGCUUAUUAGAGAGUUUAAGCUUCGCAUUAAAGGGCAAACGCCAGGCAAAGAAAAAUUUUACGGUAUCAGGCAGUAAAGAGUAAAUGAACUUGCUGUUUUAAAACUAAAAUACAUCAUUAUUCUUUCGACGCAAGAAAGAAUUACAUAUGAAACGAAAACGUUCAACGAAAAUUUUGCCAAGAAAGUUCGAACCUGCCGUUUGCCGUUCCCGGAAACGUGAAGCUUAAGGCGGUUUUCCACGAGGCGAAAGUUUUCGAUCGAAUCGAAAUUUUCUUUUGUCUUACAAGCACUCAGAUGGAACUAAACAGAAAUCUUUUGAAUUUGAACAAUAGAAAUUUCGGUUCGAUCGAAAAAUUUCGCCUAGUGGAAAACCGCCUUUAAACUCCUUAAAGGCGGUUUUCCACUAGGCGAAAUUUUUCGACCGAAUCGAAAUUUCUCUUUGUUUAUGAGCUCUCGAGCAGAACUAAUUGUAAAAAGACAAAGAGAAAUUUCGUUUCGGUCGAAAAAUUCCGCCUCGUGGAAUCCGGCCUUAAUAUAUGUACGCAGUUCAUCUGGACGACGAGAAUGUUUAAAGACGCCAUUACUCAUUAGGCGAACUAUCAAGUAUGAUUUGUUUUCAAACCUGGUUUCCAUAUUGUCGUAAAAAUAGAUUCACGAUUUUUCUCAACGGCCAGUUUAGAAUAGUUUAUACCUGUAAACCACAUAUGAAUCAUAAGUAUUCUCUAGUUAGAAUCACUCCGCGUAUUUUCAGUUCUAAAAUGUUGUAUUUCGGCUGAUGGGAAGGAUCGUGACUCAAUCUUUAUACGACCGUUACGACCAUAUGGAAACCAGGCUAGUUUGUCUUCUGCUUACACCAUCACUGAUGAUACAUACUUCUUGACGACUGCCAGUGUCUGGUAUAAAACUUGUCAAUUUUAUGCUGAGUACAUAUUGCUUGUUCUUUCACUAGUCAGCAGAGGGCUGGGAAUAUCACGCGGAGUUAGAAAAACACGAGUCGCAGACAGGUAUUAAUCUGUUUUCGUUGCAUGCGGAGAGAAAACACAUUUUAACUUCAGUACUAAAUCUUCUACACACACAAAAGUCUCACAUCUUGUAGCAAGUCUGCCAACAAGCCGUCAACAAGUUGUGUUCGCACUGCUUGUCCCAAGUUGUCAACAAGUUUGGAACAAGCUGUUCACAACUUGUAACAACCUUGUUGAUAUUAUCAGACUUGUUGCAAGGUUGUUCCAACAAGUCCGAUACAGUCAUGAUGUAACAAUAUUGUUACAACCUUGUGUCGUCAACCUUGUAACAUUCUUGCUAUAUCAUGACUGUAUCAGACUUGUUAGAACAACCUUGUAACAUUCGUUUUAUAUCAUGACUGUAUCAGACUUGUUAGAACAACCUUGUAACAUUCGUUUUAUAUCAUGACUGUAUCAGACUUGUUAGAACAACCUUGUAACAUUCGUUUUAUAUCAUGACUGUAUCAGACUUGUUAAAACAACCUUGUAACAUUCUUGUUAUAUCAUGACUGCAUCAGACUUGUUAGAACAACCUUAUACCAUUCUUGUUAUAUCAUGACUGCAUCAGACUUGUUAGAACAACCUUGUAACAUUCUUGUUAUAUCAUGACUGUAUCAGACUUGUUAGAACAACCUUAUACCAUUCUUGUUAUAUCAUGACUACAUCAGACUUGUUAGAACAACCUUGUAACAUUCUUGUUAUAUCAUGACUGUAUCAGACUUGUUAGAACAACCUUGUAACAUUCUUGUUAUAUCAUGACUGUAUCAGACUUGUUAGAACAACCUUGUAACAUUCUUGUUAUAUCAUGACUGUAUCAGACUUGUUAGAACAACUUUGUAACAUUCUUGUUAUAUCAUGACUGUAUCAGACUUGUUAGAACAACCUUGUAACAUUCUUGUUAUAUCAUGAUUGUAUCAGACUUGUUAGAACAACCUUGUAACAUUCUUGUUAUAUCAUGACUGUAUCAGACUUGUUAGAACAACCUUGUAACAUUCUUGUUAUAUCAUGACUGUAUCAGACUUGUUAGAACAACCUUGUAAUAUUCUUGUUAUAUCAUGUCUGCAUCAGACUUUAUAACAAACGUACUUGCAGGGAGGUGCGUCCAAUCCCGGACUCACCGAACCUGCAAGUACGUUUGGUUUUUAUCCCAUACACCGAGCCAUACACACAUUUGUAGCUCUUCGCGAUAUAUUCGUCGUCUCGUCGAUGUUUUGUGAACAUUUUCCCGGCCAAAAAAAUCACUGGGCAAGAAAAUACUUCUUUAUCUACGUCUACAUUACCUUUACUGCAUUUUUCUUUGGUUUUUCUUCAGUCUCAGUAUGUUAGUCACCGAAAAAAGUUCUUUAAAGUUUAGGUUUAUCGGCUAAAUCUUGUCCGCCAUAUUUGUUAUUGUUAUUGCAACGUAAGCAGUUUAGCGGGUGAGUUCGGGCGAAAAGCAGGUGAGCUCGACGACAAGCUCACCUGCUCUAAACCAAUCAGAAAGCCGCUUUUAACACAGGUAUGGGAUAAGUUAUAGAACAACCUCAUAACAAGUCUGAUAAUGCCAUCAAGCUUGUUACAAGUUGUUAACAACUUGUUCCAAACUUGUUACAACAACUGGGAACAAGCAGUGCGAACACAACUUGUCGACAGCUUGUGAACAGAUUUGUAACAACUUGUUUGCAGACCUGUAACAACUUGUGCGUUUUUACGCGUGUACAGUAUGUACAGUAGCUUAAAUAUUUUUCAUUUUGUAACCAAGAUUAUAGUAAAGGAUUUGGCGGCAAAUAUGGAAUUCAGAAAGAUCGCGUGGACAAGGUAUUUAUUUUAAAGUAAAUGUGCUAUUAGGGUCUGGUCAUAAAAUAACUGCUACGGUGGGCUGGAGGUAAAUCACAAAUUUUGCCAAUAAGUUUGGUGACCCAUCUUAGGAUGUGGAUAAAAACUUCAAAGCCCAUCUAAUCUUACCAAAUUUAUUUCAUGACCCACCCACCCAAUCUAAAUUGGGAAAAUACACUUUUAUAAUAAACCAAGUUGACCAACAUAAUUGCACCAAGUUGACCAACAAAUUCAUCACCAAUUACGAUACUGAACUGUUCUCCAUUUGGUUGUAUUUGCUGUGAUUCGGCCACUUCUUGUUGUUGUAUAAAACAAAGUAUUGGCUUCAAUAAUAACAUUUGCAUUUAAUAAUUUGGAUAGUUUUGUUUACUUCUAUUAUUAAUUUAAUAUCCGCCCAUGUUGGGUUUUUGUUUGGUGGCCCAACCGUGAACAUACAAAAAAAUUGGCGGCCCAUCGAAACUGCCCAAAGAUUUUCCAUGGCCCAUCCCAAAUCACUCCAGCCCACCCUAGCAGUUACUUUAUGACCGGUCCCUUAUACGAAAAGUUACGAGAAUUUUACCUAGGAGCGGUCCACAACUUUCGCUCAUGAUGGCCUCAUUCUUUACCACUAUACCAAGAUGUCAACGACGGAACCAGCUAACAAAUUACAAGACUUCUAUAUUCUAUUCUGCAUUGUACUAGUUGUAUGUAGAUUUUUGGAUAUCACCCUAUGUUACAAAAUAUUAUCAAAAUAUGAAUAUUAAGUUUUAUGGGGAGCGGUUUGGAGACUUUUUGGAAAAAUAAUGGCAAAAAGAAAUAAAAAAAUAUAUACAAAAAGUUAUGAGAAUUUUACCUGGGAGCGGUCAGCAACUUUCGCUCAUGAUGGCCUAAUUCUUUACCACUAUACCAUGAUGUCAACGAUACAAGACUUCAGUAUUCUAUUUUCCGUUGUACUAGCUGUAUGUAGAUUUUUUGGAUUUCACCCUACAUGAGAUUCUCUUCAUCGUAAUACAUCGUUGGUUCAUCCCUCGUCAUCGUCGGUUAAAUCGACUCAAAAUUGUCCAAAUAUACAAAAUAUUAUCAAAAAAUGACUAUUAGGUUGUUAUGAGGAGCGAUUUGGAAACUUUUGGAAAAAAUAAUGGCAAAAAGAAAUAAAAAAAUAUAUAUACAAAAAGUUAUCCGAAUUUUACCUGGAAGCGGUCCACAACUUUCGCUCAUGCUGGCCUAAUUCUUUACCACUAUACCAUGAUGUCAACGAUGGACGCAAGUAACAAAUUACAAGACUUCAGUUUUCUAUAUCAGUUCCCGUUGUACUAGUUGUAUGUAGAUAUUUUGGUUUUGACCCUACAUGAGAUUCUCUUCAUCGUUGGUUCAUCCCUCGUCAUCGUUGGUUAAAUCGAUUCAAAAUUGUCCAAAUAUACAAAAUAGUACCAAAAAUUGACUAUUAGGUUGUUAUGAGGAGCGAUUUGGAGACUUUUGGGAAAAAUAAUGGCAAAAAGAAAUAAAAAAUAUAUAUACAAAAAGUUAUGAGAAUUUUACCUGGGAGCGGUCCACAACUUUCGCUCAUGAUGGCCUAAUUCUUUACCACUAUACCAUGAUGUCAACGAUGGAAGCAAGUAACAAAUUACAAGACUUCAGUAUUCUAUAUCAGUUUCCGUUGUACUAGCUGUAUGUAGUAGAUUUUUUGGAUUUCACCCUACAUAACAUUCUCUUCAUCGUUGGUUCAUCCCUCGUCAUCGUUGGUUAAAUCGACUCAAAAUUGUCCAAAUAUACAAAAUAUUAUCAAAAAAUUACAAUUAGGUUGUUAUGAGGAGCGAUUUGGAGAAUUUUGGGGAAAAAAAUGGAAAAAGAAAUAAAAAAAUAUAUAUAUACGAAAAUUUAUGAGAAUUUUACCUGGGAGCGGUCCGCAACUUUCGCUCAUGAUGGCCUAAUUCUUUACCACUAUACCAUGAUGUCAACGAUGGAAGCAAGUAAUAAAUUACAAGACUUCAGUAUUCUAUUUUCCGUCGUAGCCUACUAGCUGUUUGUAGAUAUUUCGGAUUUCACCCUACAUGAGAUUCUCUUUAUCGUUAUACAUCGUUGGUUCAUCCCUCGUCAUCGUUGGUUAAUUCGACUCAAAAUUGUCCAAAUAUACAAAAUAUUAUCAAUAAAUAUUUUUGUAGGUUGUCAUGAGAAGCGAUUUAGAGACUUAUGGGAAAAAUAAUGGCAAAAAGAAAUAA